CAGGGACGGAGGAGUCCGACAAGAUCACGACCAUCAGCUCGGUCUGCGGGGUUAAUCCUGCAAAACACUGGAGAACACCGUCGGGUUUCUGCUGUUCGAUAGGAAAUAAAUUAGGUUUGAAGUCCCCCCGUUGUUGAUUUUUAAGAAGCGGAAGCAAACAGAAGACUGCAGCCUUCAAGAUGUCUGGAAAAGACCGGAUUGACGUAUUCCCCUCCAGAAUGGCUCAGACCAUCAUGAAGGCUCGGCUGAAAGGAGCGCAGACGGGCCGCAACCUGCUCAAGAAGAAGGCCGAUGCCCUGUCCAUGCGCUUCCGCCAGAUCCUGCGCAAAAUCAUCGAGACUAAGACCAAGAUGGGAGAGGUGAUGAGAGAGGCGGCUUUCUCUUUGGCUGAAGCCAAAUUUGCAGCUGGAGACUUCAGCACUACUGUAAUCCAGAAUGUCAACAAAGCCCAGGUGAAGGUCCGAGCCAAGAAAGAUAACGUGGCAGGCGUCACCCUUCCUGUUUUUGAACACUACCAAGAAGGCGGGGACAGUUACGAGCUCACCGGCCUGGCCCGAGGAGGAGAGCAGCUCUCCAGGUUGAAGAGGAACUACGCCAGAGCCGUGGAGCUGCUUGUGGAGUUGGCCUCCUUACAGACAUCUUUUGUCACUCUGGAUGAAGCCAUCAAGAUCACCAACCGCAGAGUGAACGCUAUUGAGCACGUGAUUAUUCCCAGGAUUGAUCGCACCCUCACCUACAUCAUAACAGAGCUGGACGAGAGGGAACGAGAGGAGUUCUACAGACUGAAGAAGAUCCAGGAGAAGAAGAAGCAGCUCAGAGAAAGGACGGAACUCGAAAUCGCCGCCCGCUUGGCCAAGUUGGGUCCCAUCGCGGAGCCGGCCAACAUGCUGACGGAGGAGACGGACGAGGACCUGCUGUUCGAGUGAGGCUGCCCCGCACGCCGCCGGGCACCGACGUCACUCAUCAUCCUAUUUAUUCUGUGCCUCUCUGGCCACGUCUAUGUCUUCUUACGGGAGUUUUUUUUUGUUUUUGUUUUUUUGUGUCUGUGAUGAUUUGUUGUUGUUCCAGUGCUGGAUGGCGUGGGUGUCGUUUCCUCUCCCUGUACAGAAACUGUUUAAAUGAUGAUAAUAAUAAUAAGAAGAAGCAAAUAUCACAAAGAAUAUAAGUAUGUUUACACGUGUACAAAUUACAGAAGCAUUCCGUGUGACUGAUCAGCUCGUAGAGAAUGACGUUUUCUCACCACCCGUAGAACCAUUGCAUGCUGUAAAAGCUUAAGGUGGUUGUUGAUUUCAAAGCGUGUGUGUGUGUGUGUGAGUCUCGUGUCCCGCCGCUGAGGAAAGUGUUACCUCACUGGAGGAUGUUAAACCAUUAGAUCCAACGUGACCCUGCUGUAAAACGUGAUGUGCAAGUCAACAAAGCUCGACGCGUCAUCUCAAUAAAGAUGUUCCAAACA